GAAGCUUUCCUCUUUUUCAUUGCCGAGUGAAGGACUAACAGAAGGAAUUACACAAUGCGACACAAUUUUUACCUGCUUUUUGCAAUAUUUGCCAUUGCUCUGCUCGGGAUUGUUUCCUUCAGGUUCACUUUCACCUGGCUCAGUAGUGGUGAGAAUGAUGUGCUGGAGAGCAACCCGAGUGUGGGAAAAAAACAAAAAAUGAAUACAGAUUUACGCUUUCCUGAGGGACUUAAAUAUAACCAGCCAGGAGUGACUAAUAGUCGGUCGGAUGUUGCCACAUUGACCCCAUGGUUAGCGCCAAUCGUUUGGGAAGGAACGUUUGAUCUGUCUGUGAUUGACGCCAUUUACUUACAAAAGAAUGUCACCAUUGCAGCCACAGUGUUCGCACUGGGGAAGUAUGUGCGUUUCUUGAAGGAUUUUCUGGAGUCGGCAGAGCAGAACUUCAUGGUGGGUUACCGUGUGCAUUAUUUCCUGUUUACGGAUCGCCCGGAUGAGGUUCCUAUAGUAACGCUGGGGGCGGGGCAUCAGUUGACCAAGAUAAAAACAGCUAGCUCAAACCGCUGGCAGGAAAUAACACUGCGCAGGAUGGAGAUGAUUGAAAAGCUCAUUGAGCAACAGCUUAUCAAUGAGGCUGACUACAUCUUCAGUCUCGAUGUUGACACCAAAUUCUAUGGGCACUGGGGGGCAGAGACUUUGGCUGAUAUAAUUGCUGUGCUGCACCCUGGGUAUUUCGGAACCCCUCGCCCACAAUUCCCAUAUGAGAGGCGUCCCGAAUCUGUGGCCUUCAUCCCCCCAGAGGAGGGAGACUAUUACUAUGGAGGAGCGGUGAUCGGAGGACGCACUGACAAUGUACUCAAGCUGACAAAGACAUGCCGCAUACAGCUGGACAUUGACCGAGCCAAUAAGAUUGAAGCGGCAUGGCAGGAGGAGUCUCACCUGAAUAAGUACUUCCUGUACAACAAACCCACCAAGGUGCUCUCACCUGAGUACCUGUGGCAGGACUUCAAACCCAAAACCAGCAACAUGAAAGUGAUCCGCUUCUCACAGGUGAUCAAGAACUACGCUGAGGUUCGACCCAAUCCAUAGAGCGCACCACUAACUCAGCCAGACUUAACCAGGUCUUCAAACAACAAACCGAAUCUCCUCAAAUCUCCUCUUAUGGGUUUCCUGUAGAAUAUAAAGGAGCUAAGCUAUUUGAUAAAUCUCCACACUUUAAAUUAACCACCGCUUGUUACUCACUUGCUACUUACUUACUCACUUGCUACUCACAUGUAUCCUGUUUUGAGUUUCAUUUAGCCAGAGAAGACACCUCUUACUACAGACAGUAACAGUAAGCAUCCUGAGAAGAGAAAAUGGAAUAAACAUCCUGAAAACUUCUCAGCAGCAAACAGAGAACAUCUGCAUACUGUUUAUUAAUGGAUUAGACAAAAAUAACAUUCCUGAAAUGUUUUGUAAAAGUGUGCUGUAAUAAUGAGCAUUAUGGGACAUUCCAUAAUAUUCCUUCCUAAUCCCAACCCUAACCCUAUCUCAGGCUGUUUAUUUAAAAAUCAUUUUAGGGAAUGACUUUAUUAAAAUGCAAUAUUAAAAUGAACUACUUUUA